ACCAUGAGGCAGGCGGUGGAGGCCCAGGUGUUGAACCCCCACUGUGAGCUAGGAGAACAAGGCCUGCGUCAGAUCCUGACUGAUGUGAUCGAGGAGGUGAGGUCGUCGGUAAAUCAGGACAUCGACGGAGCGGAGAUCCUGCACAGUCUGCUGAACGCCCCGUGGCUGCAGUCGCUGCUCAAGGUUUACGAGUGUCUCCAGAGGCACCUGAGGAGAUCCCCAGCACCAGCUCUCGACUAUGCUUCAGGACUUUCACUUCAGCUGCUGAUCGACAUCAGAGCGUUGCCGGGCUGCUCUGAAGACGCCAAAGAGCUCUACCGCCUCCUGAGACAGCCGCACCUGCAGGCACUCCUCUCAGCUCAUGAUACGGUGGCCCAGAAGGACUAUGAGCCGGUGCUGCCGCCAAUGCCAGACGACCUGCCGGACGAUGAGGAGGCCACCAGGAUCGUCUGCCUGGUGAAGAACAAGCAGCCUCUGGGAGCGACCAUAAAGAGAAACGAGAUCACAGGGGAGAUUUUUGUCGCUCGGGUGAUUCAUGGAGGGCUGGCUGAUCGCAGCGGUCUGCUCCAUGCGGGGGACAGGAUCAUAGAGGUGAAUGGUUUUCCCGUGGAUGGGAUGGAACCUGAGCAAGUCAUCCAAGUUGUGCAAGCAAGGUCGCAAGGCACCAUCAUGUUCAAGGUCGUCCCCAUCACAGAGAGGCCAGUCCACAACCAGACGAUGCUCUACGUGAGGGCCAUGGCCGACUACAGCCCCCAGCAGGACCCGACCAUCCCCUGCGCCGACGCCGGAAUGAGCUUCAGAAAAGGUGACGUCCUGGAGAUUGUGGACCAGACAGACGCCCUCUGGUGGCAGGCCAAGAAACUGCCCAGCAACAUGGCCUGCGCCGGCCUCAUCCCCUCCACCAACCUGCUGAAACGGAAGCAGAGGGAGUUCUGGUGGUCUCAGCCUUAUCAGCCACAUGCCUGCAUACAGACCUUGAGCACUGUAGAAGAAGAGGAAGACCUGAUGGCCAUCGAUGAGAGAUGUGUGGAAGCAGAUGAGGAGGCAUUUGAAUCUGACGAGCUCAGAGAAGAGGAGGAUGACUUCAGCAGCAACAUUGAAGGGAUCUACUUAGCGGGCUUCAGGCGCAGCAUGCGUCUCUGUCGGCGGCGGUCUCACAGCACCGUCCAGCCGUCCUGCCACACCCGCUGCCCCAGCAGCUGCUACAGCGCCCUCAACAGCCCCUAUGAGGAGGUGGUGCGCUACCAGCGCCACCCGCAGGAUGCACAUCGCCUCAUCGCCCUCUUAGGUCCGUCCGGUGUGGGUGUGAAUGAACUUCGGAGGCGUUUGAUUGAAAUGAACCCCAACAUCUUCCAGGGACCUGUACCUCACACCACAAGAGCACCCAAAGGAUACGAGGAGUCUGGCAGAGAGUAUCACUUCACCAGCCGGGAAAUCUUUGACAACAUGAUGUAUAACAACAGGUUUCUGGAGUACGGCGAGUACAAGGGGAAUCUGUACGGCACCAGCGUCGAGUCUGUGAGGGAAGUUUUAAGCAGCGGAAAGAUCUGCGUCGUCGACAUAGAGCCAAACGCCAUUCAGGCAGUGAGGACCCAUGAGCUGAGGGCCUACAUCAUCUACGUGAAGCCUCCGCCACUGGAGCGCCUCAGGGAGACCAGACAGGACUCGUACAUCACCACCAACUACUACGUCAACCGACCGUUCAAAGACGAAGACUUCCAGGAGAUGGAAGACGCCGCCCGGAAGAUGGAGUCUCACUUCUGGCAGUUCUUUGACUACGUAUUCGUCAACGAUGAGCUGCAGGACUCCUGCGUCCAGCUGCUGACGGCGGUGAGGAAGGCGCAGGACGAGCCGCAGUGGGUCCCCGCCAGCUGGAUACGACCCACCACCGAGUCCUAAGACAGGACGGAGGAGGAGAGGGGGCAGGAGAGAUGGGACCCCUGUUAUCAUGGCAGCAUAUCAUUUUCAUUUUACAGAUUUCUCACUGUAAAAUCUCAACAUGUGAAUCAGUUUUUAUUUUUUGGGGGAGUAGGGCAUGAAAGAAACCCGAAAUAUUUUGAUCUUGUUACGUGGGUGCUUGAUCUGGUUUUUAAGUCUCUGAAGUGAGCAGAGCAUCAAAGCCGUCUCUCUUUGAGUGUUAUUACAAGGAUCAUUAUUAUUAUUAUAGGUGCAGAUUUCUCACUCUCCUGUUCUACAUGCAACUUUAAUUUAACACGGUGUUCACUGCUGCACAAGAGCAAAAUAGGUUCAUUUCUUGCCCUGCUCCUCACUCUUUUACACAAACCUGCAAUAAAGAAUGUGAUACUUUUCCAAUUGAUGUUUACAUUACUAGAAAACAAAGUGGGUUCUUGUGAUAUGUUUUUGUUUGUGUUUUUUUUCAUUCUGAAUUUGUGUAAAUUUUGUUUUGUGGUUUGCUAUAGCCCAAAUGUGUCAUUGCAUGCCAAAAAAAAUACUAAACAACAAUAAAAACAAGCUGUUUGGCACAAAAAUGACUCUUUUUUUGACCUUAUUUAAUUUAAAAUAAUGUGAUAACGUGCAAAAAUGCAAGCAAAGCAAUGAUAUUUUAAUAUUUGUAUCCGUUUGUGACGUUAAUA